AAUUAAUCUUUGUUUAGAGUAGCAUCAACUAAUUCCGAAUAUGAUUAGAAAUAGGAUCAGUUCCAAUAUCUUUCUGACGUGGAGGAGACCAAUAUGGUCAGUAUCUAGAAGAAUGUAUCUGAAUAGUCAUAGUUUACAUUAUGUGAAAGAUUUCCCAACUUUAUCGAAUAAGAUUGAUGACAUGUUACAAGGAGAAUCGAGCCAAGAACACAUUUUAGACUCGAUCCGGGCAUGUCAUAACCUUCAACAAACUAUUCAUAACUAUGACAAGUUUUGGGAAGACCCCACAAACAUCAAAAUCAAUGAUAAGAUUGUUGAAGUUUUAUUGAUGGAAUCAGUAAAUUUUACUGAUGAUCUUUUAAAACAAAUUUUCUUGUUACAACUCCCCACCAUCACUACUCUUGCGGUGAUUGAAGCGUUCUAUAAGAAGAAUCCAGAGAGCUUUAUACCCAAGGAAACGGCAUUGAUUCCGUUAAGAUUCUGUUUAUAUAAUGGAGAUUUACAAAAUGCAUUGAAAUUAACUGAUUUAACUACCGGUCAUAAGAAUUAUAUAGAAGCUAAAUCAAAGGAAUUACGAAAGGGAACUAUUCAGUUAUUAGGUUCUACCGUCGGGGCUGGUCUUUUUGCUAACUUAGGGGUCAAAUUAGGACUUGAAUCUGGAUACAUUCCUUCUGCUUGGGCUAAUAUGACUUCUGUUUAUGCAAUGGUUGCUGCUUAUAUUGUCAAUUCAUCAUUUUUUGCAGCAGUUGUUAAAUUUGGUAGAGUGGCAGUAGCUGGAGGGGGAGAUUAUUUAACUUGGCAAAAGGGUACUUUCUAUACUCAUUGGUGGAAACAUUCUGAUGAAAUGCUUUUCUGUACUAAGAUUAUGGAGACUGAUAUUGCCUUAAAUGGUACUGGAAGUGCAUCUGAAGGGUUAAUCGAAGAGCUUUGUCGUACUGAUGAGACUUUGACUAAUGGAAGAACUUUACAACCAGGUUAUACCAGAAAUGGGAAGAAGGUCAGAUUAUUAGCCACUAGAGAUAAUUUGAAUGAGUUAAUGUUGCAAGCAUAUUGGAUGACUGGUGGUGAUGGAUUUGAAUGGGUUGAACCUGAUCAAGAUCCAGCAGACAUCAUGUGGAAACAACAUUUAGCUCAAUUCGAUACACCUUUAGUUGGUGAUGAUGCAACCACUAAAUCUUUGAAAUGGGCAGAUGAUUUGAUUGAAUCUGACAAGCAGGAUAAAAUGAUUGGUGACAACUUGUAAAUAAUAUAAAUAUAUAUAAUAAGAAAUAAUAGAUAUAGAAUGAAUGGAAGGCGUCUACAUUUUAAAAUGUUGUAUUAUAUAGAAGAAUGUGUAUUACUAGUAUCAAUUGUUUAGACACUAGGUUUGUUUUGAAUUGUAUAUGCA